AUGCCGUCUAGUGAAGAAAAUGUGAGAAAGGAUAAUGAUAAUGCGGUAAAAGGUAGUGGUGAAGAAGAGGAAAGUAAUGGAAAAGAUGCAGAAGCACCUAUCAGUGUUUAUAAGAUUUUGUAUGCUAUAGGGGUUAGUUCAAAUGAGAAGGAUAAGAUAGCCGCUUACCAACCCAAAGAUGUGGCUCGAACUUGGUACACUCAAUGGAAGGAAAGUGGGGCUUUGAGAGGGGGUACCAUAUGUUGGGAAGUAUUUAGGAAGACAUUUCUUGAUUGGUUUUUCCCAAGGGAAAAAAGAGAGGCAAAAGUGGAAGAGUUCAUCAACCUUCCUCAAGGGUGUAUGUGUCUUCAAGAAUACUCUUUGAAAUUUAUCAAGUUAUCCAAGUAUGAUUCGUCUUUCGUGUCUAAUCCUAGAGAUGAAAUGAUCCAUUUUGUGAUGGGUAUGUACGAUUAUCUUGUGGAAGAGUAUCGCGUUGUAAUGAUUCAUGAUAAUGUAGAUUUUUCUCGUUUGAUGGUGCAUACUCAAAAAGUUGAGGCGAGAAGGCUUAAGAGGAAAUAUAGGGAUACUAAGAGGGCAAGGCCCUAUGAUGGAGUUACUUCAAUGGGUAAGUUUGAAAUUCAAGAAAAACCAAAGAUCAAGAAGAGAUUAUCCAACCAAGUUUCUUCUAAUUUGCCAAAGGCUAACAAGUAUAGAUAG